AUUCAUGUUGUUUUACACACGAGACGUUAAAAUUUCACCAAUGCAUUUCCAAGUUUCUUGAUUCGAACCAGAGUUCAGUGCAUUCUUUGAUAAUGAGUUUGCGUUAGACCAGAAUUAGAUUGGAGACAUUCUGGCAUUCUGUAUCUGAUAUCGUUCAGAGAAUUCGAUGUACUUUUUCUAGUCAGAAAUUGAAUGAGUUCUGUAGAUAUGGGCUGUUGUUCUCUGAAGGACACUCAGCUGAACUAUCCAAAAGUCAGGAGAAUAAGGAAAUGGAAUCAUCCAACUAUAUCAAUGCUUAGGCUAAUGAUCUUCCUUUUUAUGCUCGAUGCUUCCUUAGUGUACGCUAAACACGCGUCAUGGAGCAUUGAAGAUCCCGACUUUGACACGGAGCAUGACAAGCUCGGACGGUCCCACUAUCCAUAUGCCCAGCUCACCGAAUAUUAUUCGAGCCCUAAAUAUAAAGAAGAACCGAUAUAUAAUGCCUUUGGUAUGACGCCACUUCACUUGAUCAUACGUAUUUUAUUCAGCAAAACUUCAAGAGUACCCAAUGAGUAUAUAACGGUAGUUAAUGGCACGAAUGCCCUGGCCUUCGGUGAGAAGUCUAUUGAAAAUUCGUGGGCCAGUUUGCUUUGCUGCAACAAAUUAGCGUUUGUCUGGACAAUUUUUUUGCUAUUUCUAAUAAUUGCCAUACCAUUCGUUGCAAUCACCUAUUUUUGCUUUUGCUUCUACCGUUGCCCCACUGUGUGCGAGUGUAAUGAAUAUGCAGAUAGUCGGGUGCGUCACUUUUGGAGCGUGGGGCUAGUGCUGGUUAUAGUCGUUCUGGUCUUUGGUUUAAUCGUGGUAAUGCUAAAUGAUAAGUUAAUUGAUCAAGGCGUUCGGCAAAAUUGGGCUGAUAUGCAAGAAGAUCGUAAAGAUAUUUGCACCUUUUUGAAAGAUAUAUUGGAUAAUAUCCAUCAUAUUUUUUUGUACAACUUUGAGGAGUUCGAAACGCAUAUAAAUGCUCAGCUCAAUGAUGUCGACAAACACAUACUUAUGGAUCUAACCAAUGCUUCUGGGCUCAAUGCUCUAACCGAGCUAGAGAAAAUACUUUCGAAUAUGCCCCAGGCGUUAGCUUUAAUGAAACGUGUCGAUAAGAAUAUAGAGACAUUAUUAUUCUACAUAGCUCAAUAUAGAGAUGGACUCCGUUUUGUUCGACGUAAAAUGACCUAUUUGCUAACGGUGUGGUGUGACUAUCAACAAUGCAACGAUAUUCUGCGGAGCUCUGGAAUUUUGCAGUGGGACACCUCAGAGUGCCUGCACCUGGACUUAUUGCCCAACAUAAGCGAGUAUAUAGAGAGCUUGCAGGAUAUAAUAAGAGCUAAUUUGUUACAUAUACCAAGGCAAGGAAUAUACAAUUAUCAAGUAAUUGGCGAAAUGAUAAGGGAAAAUAUGCAUGAUCAGCUCCCAAUGAUUUCUAUGAAGCUUGCAAAAUUGAGCGAGAUUUACAGGCAAAAUGUCACUCACUUGCAAGGAUUAAUACGAUCGAUAUUCAAUGAUAUAUAUAGCCAACAUUCACAUAUGUCAAAAAGCUUUCACGAGCUCGAACAAAGCUAUGGAAGUGAUCGUAAACUCAUUAGCAUAUCAUUGUGUGUAUCAAUAUUAACGAUUACGAUUAUCUUGAUUGCUGCACUUAUUUGCGGAUGGUGUGUACGUAGAGAUAAUUCGGGAUCCAAAUGCUUAUUACUGGCCAUGGUUUUGAUAUCAUUGAUUUCGUCACUUCUUCUACUAGUCUGUUUGUUCUAUUCUAUAAUGGGCUUAAUCAUGUACCAUGCUGUAUGUACACCGCAAACAGCUUUGGAGAUAUAUAACCUUUUCAAUACUCAUGUGAAUCAUACAUUCAACAAGAAUCAAGCUAUAUGUCGUGCACAUGAAAGCAUCUUUGAUCUUCUUCGUGUUGCGGGCUUAUAUGAUGUAAAUAAUCUAAGGAAGGAAAUGUCGGACAGUAUAACACCAGAAUAUAUAGAAGAGUUUAGGGAUGACUUAACCAAGCUUGUAAUCUUAACAGAAGAGCAGAAAAUUACGCUCAAUCACAUGCGCUACGGGAAUUUAUCGGAUUAUAAUGGUCUAUCGAUCCGAAAAGUGUUGUGCCACAAAUUAUCACAGGUUGAUCUGAUCAAGUGUACGGUUUAUUUACAGGAGUUUUCAAAGAAAUUUCUAUAUGGUGCUAAACAUUCGCUCGCCUAUCAGUAUCGAAUGAAUGCCACCAUUAACAAUAUGUGCCUAUUGAGCUACGACAUAAAUCAAAUCGCAUCCCUACAACGGCCAAUCCAUGAUUUGAUAAAUCACAUCUGGAAGGAUACGACUACGAUUGACGAGCUUAUAACGAGGUACGACGACUUUAAUAACUCGAUCUUACUUCUAAUUGAAGAGAUAAGAGAGGCCGAAGAUUUCCUGCAUACACGGGGCACUGAGUACAUAAAUGCAUUGAUACAAGAAUUUUACGAAUAUCUCAAUAAAGCGUUCGAUAAAUAUGUGCAAUAUGUCAGCGAAGAUUGUAAAUAUAUCAUUGGCCGUUGUGUGCCCUUGGCCCAGAUCUAUAAGCGCUCCUUUAACAAUCUCUGCCCUUAUCUGGUCGAUCCCAUUAACGGAUAUUGGCUUGGCCUAUUUACUUGCGCUCUAGUAUUCUUUCCCAUCGUGUUCGUUGCCCACAAGCUCUUGUGCUUGUACAGAGUAUAUGGACAUAUAGGGAGUGCAAUUAUUUACUUUAAUACCGCCGACUUCGUCUGUCCAGCCUGCACGGACACGGAUACGGACACGCCAUUUGUACCGGCACCCUAUGUCAUCAGCACCGGCAAUCAGAUUCAUUUCUGUGGCUGUGAGGACUCAUUUAAAGAAAAAGAUGCAUAAUAAAUUAAGAGAAGGCGCAGAUAUGAGUGAUA